UGAAAACUCUGUUCACGAAUUUAUUAAUUAAUUUAUUAAAUGGUUCCAAAUACUGCACAUCCAUAAAAAUAUCUUCAUCGGAAGAGGAAGACGAGGAAAGCGCAGUAUUUUUGCCACCUUUCCUCUUUUUACCUUUGUACUAAAUACGCCUCUGCUAGAUCUGCUUUCAGCAACAAUUCGUCUUAUGGUAGUAUUAGAAACACCUGAAAUUAACCAAAGUUUAGUAUACAUAAUACACACGAAAAUGCAAUAAACCAAAGUAUCAAGACGUGUCAUUCCUACUAACCAGUCGACGCUUGCACAUGGCUGAAUAUCGAUGAUUGUAUUUGUUCUGCACCUUGUUCAUCAAAUAUUCUUUGAAUCAUUCACAUUGAAAACAAUAUUUCUUGCUUGCGAUAGAAGAGGUUUCUUCGACAUUUUCGCCACAUUUUAAAGGAAAUUUGAAUUCCUCGAAAUUUCAGUUUUAACAGAUGUCAUUUUUUUUGUUGUAAAAUCGCUAUUUUUUCCCUUUUUUGCUAUCAGAUUCUGGUAGACCUAUAGUUACCGUCGGCCACGAUGAGAAGGUUCUCGUGUCGAGAAUAGCUAUCACAACGAAAGUGCUGCCAGGCUAGAAAUAUCAAUGUCUCUAUUGUGUUUAGCUUUAAUAUCUAUCCCAUCAAUUGUGCUUGUGCCAAGCCUCACUUCGCGAACUACAGAACAGCUGUCAAGGCUUUAAUAAUCAAAACGUUUUACUCCAAUUUCCCCAAUAUUGCUAGUGUCAAUUUCUUUUUUCCCUUUUUGCCAUCAGAUCCUGGUAGACCUGUAAUUAUAAUAAGACAUGACCUAAAAGUCUUAGUUACCAGGUCAUAAAAUCCCUUAAAAAAAUCCUUUAACUAUUAAUAGUUAGACUAAUCUGUGAAAUGUGAAUUCCUUCCCGAAGCGUGGUUGUUGGAAAGCUUUGUUUUUAUUUUUCCUCAUAACUAAUAAGCCGAGAGACUGGAAGUCAUUUAUUAAAAAUUAGUUAAACGCUUUUCUCGUGUUCAUUCUUUUAAAUAUACUGAAGUACAACAAUGGUAGUUGUGUCAAGUAAUUUUGCUGAGCCGGCCGAUGGUGUGUUGCUACAGUCUCCAUCUACAAAACUUCUCAUAAAUGAUCAAGAAUUAGGCACAGCUACGUUGUACAUCACUGAAAACAACGUCAUAUGGGGCGGAGGCGUUAGUCCAUCAGGCAAUCCAGCUCCGACCAUCAAUCUACUCUAUCCAAGCAUAUCUCUACAUGCGAUACAACGCGAACCAUCCCCUGCCUUGUACAUGGUUCUUAAUUAUGAGUUACGUUUACCAGAACUCAGUCAGCAAGCAGGUUCCACUGAUGCCGACGACGAUGAUGACUUUGAUGUCGAUGAUCAACCCAUAACACAGCUCAGAUUCAUCCCAGAAAACGAGAACGAAUUACAAGCCAUGUAUUCGGCCAUGUGUCAGGGACAAGAAUUGCAUCCGGAUCCGGCUGAUGAGGUCGAGGAUGAUGACCCAUACAUGGACGGAGAGGAGUUUGAUGAAGGGGAGGAGGAGUUUGAAGAUGCUGAGGAGAGCGCGCCCGACCCCGCCGCCGCGCUGAGACGCAUGAGGCUCGGCCCCCCGCCCGGUAACGGCCACGACGCGGACCUGGCCAACAAGUGAAGACAGGCGCGCGAGCUAGUCGUCCAGUCGACACGAUCUGUAACAAAACUGUUGUUAGAGUUACAUUUUAAUUUUUAAUAAUAAACGCGUAGGUAUUGUAUGUUUGUAAGCGAUGUCUGAAGUACUGAAUAUUUGUUUCUUUAUAAUAAAUAAACUGUGUAAAGCU